CUUGUUCACGCGUAAUCCAAAAGAACUCUAAUUCUGAGCAACCUGAUAUAUUUGAAUUUCUUCAUCUUCUGGUCUUCAUUGUCGUUAAAAACUUACAAUCCCGUCGCUAAAAGAAGAAGAUGAAAAGAGUUUUUGGUGUGAAGAAAGACAAAGAACCUCCUCCUUCUAUUAACGAUGCUUCCGAUCGGAUAAAUAAAAGAGGAGAAACAGUAGAUGAGAAGAUAAAAAAGCUGGACACGGAGCUUAGUAGAUACAGAGAGCAGAUUAAGAAAACGAGGCCCGGUCCUGCUCAAGAUGCUGUUAAAGCGAGAGCUAUGCGUGUCCUUAAACAAAAGCGAAUGUACGAAGGACAGCGGGACAUGCUUUAUAAUCAGACAUUUAACCUUGAUCAAGUAGCAUUUGCUUCUGAGGGUAUCAAGGAUGCUCAACAGACCAUGUCAGCUUUGAAGUCUGCCAACAAGGAAUUGAAAGGAAUGAUGAAAACUGUGAAGAUUCAGGACAUAGAUAACUUGCAAGAUGAGAUGAUGGACUUGAUGGAUGUGAGUAGCGAAAUCCAAGAGACCCUGGGUAGAAGCUACAAUAUACCUGAUGACAUUGAUGAAGAAGAACUCAUGGGAGAACUUGAUGGAUUAGAAGCAGACAUGGGAAUGGAGACUGAAGGUGAUGGUAUACCUUCUUAUUUGCAACCUGAUAGGGAACCUGAUCUGGAUUCCGAACUCAACUUGCCUUCAGCACCCAUAGGACACGCAGCAGGACAAGCGGGUAGAUAUAAUGCCCAGGCUGAGGAUGAUCUAGGGUUUCCUGCUGUCCCUCAUGCGUCUAUUCGUGGUUAGGAAACUACUCGUUCUGAUCCGCAUGUACAUUUCAAUGGAGAUUGAUGGCAGAGCUGUGCAGAAUUAGCCUUGAUGUGAUAUGGUGAUUUAAUUUUUAAUUGGGGUUGGUUUAUUGUAGCAAAUGUAUUCUUUUUCUUUAUCCCCUUCUUUUUCUUAAGCAAUAACUGCUGCCUGCUGAUAGCAUUUGUAUGGAAAUGGAAUCAUCAUCAGUUUGAAA